GGUGUAUUAUGAGAUGAGCGAUCGGUUUGUAAAACCAGGUAAUCAGGAGCACGGAUGGAACGACCCACCGCAGUUUUCAUACGGCUUACAGAAGGAUUCAGGUGGACUAAAGAGAAAUCUUCUCAACAAGAGAGUGCAUGCGCCCCAGUUCACAGACUCUGGAUCAGAUAUGCAGUCCCCAGCAGUGGCGAAGCUAACGCCGCCCCGGGGAAUGAAUCCUCCUCCGAUGGACAGCAGCACCCAACCGUCCGUAUGUCCAAAAACUCCCUCCGAUGGAAAGAUAGAGGUGGUAGAGCUGCAGACAGAGCCAUCCAUUGAAGAUGUGCAAGAGCCACUGUAUGGGGCACUGAAUGUGUGCAGACAUACUGUAAAGAAACAAAUUUGUGAUGAUGUGGAAAGACGUCUGAAGCUUUUUGAGGACAUGUGGAGAAGUGGAAAACUCUCUCCUUUGGUCAAACACAGGAUGCAUAGAUUGUCCCAAGACCUGAAAAGUAAAAAGUGGGAUGCCGCUGAUGAGAUCCACAGAGGCCUGAUGGUGGAUCAUGUUGCUGAAGUCAGUCAGUGGAUGGUGGGAGUCAAGCGUCUCAUCGCUGAAGCUCGGAGCCUGAACCCAGAACAAGUCAUCAGCUGCACUCAUCCAGGCUCAUGAGGACUAGUGGUGCCGGGGAACAGUCUUCCAUUAUUUUUCAUCAUGAUAAAGUGAAAAUAAUGUAGAUAUUAAGUAUUACUAGUGUAUAUAAAAUUCUGCUUUUAAAAAGUGGCUGAGUUUUAAUACUUCAGCCAAUCACACACACACACACACACACACACACACACACACACACACACACACACACACACACACACACACACACACAUAUAUGUAUAUAUGUAUGUAUAAUCUCAGUGGCUAUCUUCAAAUGUUCUCUUGAAAAAGCUGUCAAUUAUGAUGUGCAAUAAAAUAGGUAAAAACCUC